GGUAGCGCGGGGCCGCCAGGUGACAGCUAAUGGCGGCGGCCGCCUGAGCCGGCGGGCGGCGCGGCGCGGCACGGCGGCGGGCCCUUCCGGGCGCCGCUCCCCACUCGCUGGGGCUUCCCCGCGGCGGCGGGCCCGGCGCGCCAUGGACAGGCCGGCGGCGGCGGCGGCGGCGGCGGCGGCAGCGGCGGCGGCGGCGGCAGCAGCAGCGGCGGCGGCAGCGGGCAGCGAGGGCGGCGGGGGCCCGGGCCCGGUGCCGGCGGGCGGCAGGAGGCCUCCUCGGGGCGCGGGGGCCCCUGCCGCCGGCUCCCGGCAGCCCAGCGUGGAGACCCUGGACAGUCCUACAGGAUCACAUGUUGAAUGGUGUAAACAGCUUAUAGCUGCUACAAUUUCUAGUCAGAUUUCAGGUUCAGUGACAUCUGAAAAUGUAUCCAGAGACUACAAGGUUUUCAGGAGGCCUGAUAUAAGGGAGAUUCAGGAAGAACACAAUGGCUACCCUUCUGAAGCUGAAGCUGAUCAGGUGGCUCUAAGAGAUGGAAAUAAACUGGCACAGAUGGAAGAAGCGCCACUUUUUCCAGGAGAAUCAAUCAAGGCCACUGUGAAAGACGUCAUGUACAUUUGUCCAUUUGUGGGAGCAGUGACUGGAACCCUAACAGUGACAGACUUUAAGAUGUACUUCAAAAGUGUGGAGAGGGACCCAAAUUUUGUUCUUGAUGUUCCCCUUGGUGUGAUCAGCAGAGUUGAGAAGAUCGGAGCACAGAGCCACGGGGACAAUUCCUGUGGUAUAGAGAUCGUGUGCAAGGAUAUGAGGAACUUGCGACUUGCUUAUAAACAGGAAGAACAGAGUAAACUUGGGAUAUUUGAGAACCUCAACAAACACGCAUUUCCUCUUUCUAAUGGGCAGACUCUCUUUGCAUUCAACUACAAAGAAAAAUUUCCGAUAAACGGAUGGAAAGUUUAUGAUCCUGUAUCUGAAUAUAAGAGACAGGGCUUGCCAAAUGAGAGCUGGAAAAUAUCCAAAGUGAACAGUAGCUAUGAGCUCUGCGACACCUAUCCUGCUGUCAUUGUGGUGCCAACUAGUGUAAAAGAUGAUGACCUUUCAAAAGUGGCGGCCUUUCGAGCAAAAGGCAGAGUCCCCGUGUUAUCAUGGAUUCAUCCAGAAAGUCAGGCAACAAUUACCCGUUGCAGCCAGCCACUUGUGGGUCCCAAUGAUAAACGCUGCAAAGAAGAUGAAAAAUACUUGCAAACAAUAAUGGAUGCUAAUGCACAGUCUCACAAACUUAUCAUCUUCGAUGCCCGACAAAACAGCGUCGCUGAUACCAACAAGGCCAAGGGUGGAGGAUACGAAAGUGAAGGUGCUUACCCCAACGCGGAGCUUGUGUUCUUGGAGAUCCACAACAUUCACGUGAUGAGAGAGUCCCUGCGUAAACUGAAAGAGAUCGUGUACCCCUCAAUCGAUGAGGCACGGUGGCUCUCCAACGUGGAUGGGACGCACUGGCUGGAGUAUAUAAGGAUGCUUCUUGCUGGGGCAGUAAGAAUUGCUGAUAAGAUAGAAUCUGGGAAAACUUCGGUGGUGGUGCAUUGCAGCGAUGGUUGGGACCGAACAGCCCAGCUGACCUCUCUGGCUAUGCUGAUGUUGGACAGUUAUUACCGCACCAUUAAAGGCUUUGAGGCUCUCAUAGAAAAGGAGUGGAUAAGCUUCGGACAUAGGUUUGCCCUGAGAGUGGGCCAUGGCAAUGACAACCACGCAGAUGCUGACCGGUCCCCUAUUUUUCUUCAGUUUAUUGAUUGUGUUUGGCAAAUGACAAGACAGUUUCCUUCAGCAUUCGAGUUCAAUGAACUGUUCUUGAUCACGAUUUUGGAUCACCUCUACAGCUGUCUCUUUGGGACUUUUUUGUGCAACUGUGAACAGCAGCGACUCAAAGAGGAUGUAUAUACGAAGACUAUAUCUUUAUGGUCGUAUGUCAAUAGCCAGCUCGAAGAAUUUUCGAAUCCUUUCUUUGUGAAUUAUGAAAACCAUGUCUUAUAUCCCGUUGCUAGUCUGAGUCAUCUGGAACUAUGGGUAAACUAUUAUGUGCGAUGGAACCCACGAAUGAGACCUCAGAUGCCCAUUCACCAGAAUCUCAAGGAGCUGCUGGCCGUCAAGGCGGAGCUGCAGAAGCGGGUGGAGGACCUGCAGCGGGAGGUGGCCACGCGCGCCUCGUCCUCGUCCGAGCGGGGCUCGUCACCGUCGCACUCGGUCACCCCCGUCCACACCUCCGUCUGACGGGCUGCGGAAGGCGGCACUUCCGGCGACUCCAGUGGGCGAGGACGUCCUGCCCAGUGGCCCAGGCGAGGGACCGCAGCCUGUGCUCUGCUCUUCCAGGCUUGGGCCCGACGUCCUCCCAUUCUGGAAGGCACUUUCAGCCACUGACCGUUUGUGUGGGUAGGACCGCUCCCACCGUCGUCAAGUGCUUUUUGUUCUGUGACCCGUGCCCCUCCCGCCGGCUGUUUGUGGCGGCGCCUAUUGCACCAA